AUGUCGGUCCGCCGCGCCCUGGCGCUCGCCGCCUGCGGGCUGGCGGGCGGCUCCGUCCUGCUCUCCGCCGUCGUCGUGGGCAAGCAGCCGGCCCGUGGCGGUGGCGAUAGCGAGCCGCGCCCGGGGGGCUCCGCCGUGCCCUCCGCCGCGCCGCCCGGCUUGCUGCUGCUGCCGCCCACCGCCUCCUGCCCGCCGACCGCCGGCUGGAUCGAGAGACCCGCCGGCAGCGGCAGCUACUGGGACAGCAACUGGGACAGACGUGAACCACUGGCUCUUGUCAACCUCAAAAAGAAAAAUGAAGAGACCGGGGAAGAAGAGCUCGCCUCUCGCUUGGACCACUGCAAAGCAAAAGCCACCAGGCACAUAUUCCUGAUCAGGCACUCCCAGUACCACCUGGAGGGCCGGGCUGAUAAGGACAGGACUCUCACCCCACUGGGUCGAGAGCAGGCUGAACUGACUGGACGCAGGCUGGCAAGCUUGGGAUUAAAAUUUGAUCAGAUUAUCCACUCCUCCAUGACUAGAGCAACUGAAACAACUGAAAUUAUAAGCAAACAUCUCCCAGGAGUGAAAAAAAUCAGUACUGAUCUGCUGAGAGAGGGAGCACCUAUAGAACCAGACCCUCCAGUCUCCCACUGGAAACCAGAAGCUGUGCAGUAUUACGAAGAUGGCGCUCGCAUCGAGGCCGCGUUCCGGAACUUCAUCCACCGAGCUGACGCCAAGCAGGAGGAGGACAGCUACGAGAUCUUCGUGUGCCACGCCAACGUCAUCCGCUACAUCGUCUGCAGAGCCCUGCAGUUCCCCCCAGAGGGUUGGCUGCGACUGUCCCUCAACAACGGCAGCAUCACACACUUGGUGAUCCGUCCCAACGGCAGAGUGGCCCUUCGAACGCUGGGUGACACAGGUUUCAUGCCUCCAGACAAAAUCACACGCACCUGAGUGAGCCAAAUGGCUGGAAGGCUGUCCAGGAGCUGCCUCUAGUCUCUUUGCACUAGCACAUUCUGCUACAGUACCACUAGAUUUUUAUUACGUUGGGGUGUGAUGCUGUCUUAAAAUGUCCUUUAGCCCCAUUCCUCCUUCAUAUCCAUAUCUGCCUUUCAGUCCGGAAAAGAAGAAACCUUUGUAAGCCUGAACGUGUCCAGUCCUUAAGUAUUCCCCAAAACUCAAAGCUGAGCUGUGAAAUACAGGUUGAAUGUCUGCUCAGCAGUUGCAAGAGCACUGACUUUUCCCUCACCCCGCUGUGAAUUUCUCUAACCAAAGCUUGCUCCUGUGGGUGUUUUUCUUGUGCAGGAAAGCGACUGGUGUGUGAACAGUCUUAUAUCACACUGCAGCUAAAACAAAGGUGAGCCCGCUUGUUCCAGCUCCUGCAGAAGUGACAAACAGGGAAUUCUGCUGUCCAAAGGACAAAGGGAUAAAGCUUCAGUUUUUGUAAGCUGUUGAAUAUGUAUGUUGAUGUUGUGUCAUUGUUCCCCUCUGCCCCCAAAAAGCCCAUGUAAACUGUGCCUGGAGGUUAUGAGCAUGAAAGAAAGAGGGUAAAAAAAAAUUGCCUCAGAGCUGUGGUGCUAGAACUAACUGCUGCUUAUAUUAAGUGUUCACCAUCCUCAGGAUGUCCUUUAAGAUGUUCUUAAGAAUAUUUUUCAGUCUUGUAAAGCCUUUAACCAAAACAUGGUCUGGAGAAGGCUGUAGGGAUGAGGCUGUAGCAGUAAGAUGGGAGGAAAGGAAAGCAGCAAUCUUCUCAAAGUGCUUUCAGUCACUGAUACAUUUUUGAGUGCUCUUUCCCACUGGUUUGUAGUUGAUACCUUACUUUCAGAGUAGAGCAAUACCACCACUGAGUUCAGGGUAGUGGUGCUGCAGGUCAGAGGUGCUGCAGCCCUGGAGCAAACUGCUGUUGCCAGCAUGGUGAGCAGGUGGCCAUGGGGUGGCUGGUCU